ACCGCCACCGCCCGCAGCGACAUCUGCGCGAGGUCUCGGAGCAGCGAGCUGACCCCCCGGAUGCCCAUCGCCGAGCGGCGGGCCUUGAACCAUGGGGCAAAAAGUGACAGGGGGGUUCAAAACGAUGGACAUGCAGGAUGCGGUGUGCCGGCCGUUGAAACAGGAACUCCAAGGGCUGGAUUACAACAAGCCGGCUCGGCUGGACCUCCUGCUGGACAUGCCGGCUGUCUCCUAUGACGUCCAGCUGCUCCAUUCGUGGAACAACGACGACCGCUCGCUCAACGUCUUCGUGAAGGAGGACAACAAGUUGACUUUUCACCGGCAUCCGGUGGCCCAGAGUACCGACGCCAUCCGGGGCAAAGUGGGCUACACUCGUGGGCUACACAUCUGGCAGAUCACCUGGGCCAUGAGGCAGCGGGGGACCCACGCCGUGGUGGGCGUGGCCACGGCCGAGGCCCCCUUGCACUCGGUGGGCUACACCACCCUCAUCGGGAACAACCUCGAGUCCUGGGGCUGGGACCUGGGGCGCAACCGGCUCUACCACGAUGGGAAAAACCAAGCUAGCAAGACUUAUCCGGCGUUCCUGGAGACGGACGAGACCUUCAUCGUGCCGGAUUCGUUCUUGGUGGUGCUGGACAUGGACGACGGUACUCUCAGCUUCAUUGUGGACGGACAGUACAUGGGAGUAGCCUUCCGGGGGCUGAAAGGGAAAAAGCUCUACCCCGUGGUGAGCGCCGUGUGGGGCCACUGCGAAAUCCAGAUGCGAUACUUGAACGGCCUCGAUCCUGAACCUUUACCGCUGAUGGACCUGUGCCGGCGUUCGGUGCGCCUCGCUUUGGGCAAGAACCGGCUGGGUGAGAUCUCGACGCUGCCUUUGCCCAAAUCUCUCAAAAAUUACCUUCUUUACCAAUGACACCUCUUGAACAUCGGAAGGACAGACCUCUUGCAGGAGCGAAUUUCUGUUGGAUUCAUUGAGUCAAAAUCAUGGGGGCCUCGUCAUCUGCUCCAACACCCCAUCCCUGGGCCACAUCGCGAGCAGAAAAUCUCCUUUUCCAAGAUCACAUCCUACCGGGAUUUGUUUCCAGAAAAGAUUCCAGCCAAACGUUUCUGCAUUCUCGUUUGAAUUUCCCGCUCGUCCGUCAACCACGAAAGGGGGGCGGUCCUGUGGAUUUUUGUGGAGCCGGGGAUGGCUCGCCCAUCUUGGAGAUGGCGCAGGUGCAAGCAUCGGACAACGGGCCCAACUUUUGGAUGCGGGGAAAGGGAUGAGGCCCGCACACAGAAUCAGACUGGUGGCCUUGAGGGGGACACGAGCCACUGUUGGAGCUCUCCUUCCACAUCGGGCCCUCGGCCGUUUUUUUCCCUGCCUUCACCACCGUGCCUUGGUGCCCCCAUCAAAUCGCCCGCCCUCACUGCUGCAUGGCUCACCCUCCCGUCUCUUGCUGGAGAAAAUACUUGAAAUGAAAAUUGGUGGGGCGGGGGAUAUAAAGAUCAUUUGGAGGGUGGAGGGCUGGGAGGGAGGGUUGCCCUAAGCAUCCCCCUUCCCCCCCACCGGCUAAAAACCAUUUUACUUCAUUCGUCCUUGCCAGGGAUGGAGGAAUGGGCACAUGGGGAUUCCACCCACAUAGCUGGCUGGGAAUUUGGGGUGCCAGAAACCUCAGACUCCAAUGGGGGAGGGUCUUUCAAUUGUGGGGGAAGGUGGUUAAGCCCGCUAGCCAAGUCCCAUCGUGGAUUCCUUGUUCGCGAAUGGACUAAAAUGCCAUUUAUAGUCGGGCUCAAAUUCAGUGGCUGACCCAGAAUAUAGUUUUGGGGUGUGAGCUCAAUCGUAAACCCCCCUCCUACAUUUCCUGGGCUGGUUGGGCAUCACAGGAUAGCCCCCACCCCCCCCCCGGUGUGAUAAUCUAGACUAGCAAAUAUCCUUGAUCCAUUGGGCAUCGCAGGAUAGCAAUGGUGUGAUAAUCUAGACUAGCAAAUAUCCUUGAUCCAACCAGCAGGGGAGAAAAAGCAUUUAUUUUCGAUACUGCCUUCCAAGGGAUUUGAUUUGCACAUAUUUUAUUAACCUUAAAUGGAGGUGGGGAAAACAUUUGUGUGUUGUUUCUUAUGUCCCACCCACCCAAUUUGGUCUACAGGUGUGUUCUUUUUGUUUGAUGUGUGUUUGGUACAGGGAGCGUCUCUUAUUUGGAGGGGGAAAUGUUAAUAUAUAGAUACAGUGUGCGUGCGUGCGUGUGUGUGUAUAUGUAUAUACAUUUUGCAUUGUUUUGAAUGUUAAAAACGCUGGAUUGUUUUUUCGUUGUUGAUGUUUUUAAGUCAUGCUGCUGUAGAGAAGUUGUAGUUAGUUUGUUUUAAACAAAAGAAGACAAAUAGACUAGGUGAUUAUUUUUGUGUUGUUGUUUUUUUUUUUUGUUUUGUUUUAAGCACACAACUUGGUGCCAAAGUUAGUUAGUUUGGGGAGGCAAUCUUUGUGCUUGUCUCUCAUUAUUAAUAUUAUUGUUGUUAUUAUUAUUAUUUUUUAAAAAGCGAAGAAUAAAACCAAAAACUGUUUUCAAGCGGAACACUUUAAAAAUAAUUGCACAUCAAGGGAUUUUAAUGUGUGCAAGGCCAAGCAUUUUUAAUUGUCCUUCGUCCCCGUUUUCCCCACUCACACCAAGAAUUCAGGCACGUAGGUGAUUUCUUUCUAUCUUUCUUGUUUUCUUUGAUUAUCUUCCGUAUUUCAUUUCCCCUUCCUUCCUUUAUUUGGUGCACGUCAGUGUGUCUGGCUUGUACAAUUAUUAUUUUUUUUUAAUUAAAAAAAAAACCCUCUCACUGGUUUAUCCUCCCCCCUCCCUCCCUUUGGUGGAUUGUAGAUGAUUAGGUCCCCGAUGAAAGCAAAAGAACGAAAAUAAAAAUUUAUUAAUAGUA